GCCACCACUGGAGCUCAGUCAGGCCUGAGAUGGGAUAAGGCCCCUACCAAUGGCCUCCAAGAAAGCCGUUCCGAAAGAAGGGGGUGCGCCGCCAGCCGUGCGCCUUCAGGCCGCUCGAGAGCCCCAGGUGAAAAUGGAGGAGAAGAGCCCGGCCUGCGGUGCCAAGCCGGCCGAGGGGGCGAGGAAAGGCCCUCGUUUGGCACCAGCCGCCGGCGCCCGGGAGUUUUUGAGGCGGGUGACGCCACAGCAGAUCAAACAGGAGCCGGACGAGGGCUUGGCCCAGCGCUGGGAAUCCCAGUGGCAGGAGUUCCUGAAGGUGGUCCAGUCCCCUCAUGCCGGUUGGGGGAGCCCGCCGCUGCCGGAACUCGUGGCUUUCAAGGACCCCAAGGGCUUCCCGGCCUCGGGCGGGGUGGCCCCACAGGGCUUCGGGCGAGGUGGCAGCUGGAAGGUCAAGGAAGAGGUCCUAGAAGAGGACGCGGCGAGCGCCGAAGCCCAGCGCCACCGAUUCCGGCACUUCAGCUACCGGGAGGCCGAGGGGCCGCGGGACGUCUGCGGCCGGCUCCGGGAGCUGUGUCACCAGUGGCUAAAGCCGGAGAGGCACACCAAGGAGCAGAUCCUGGAGGUGCUGGUCCUGGAGCAGUUCCUGGCCAUCCUGCCGUCGGAGAUCCAAGGCUGCGUCAGGGAGCGCGGGCCGGAGACCUGCGCCCAGGCGGUGGCGCUGGCCGAGGGUUUCCUGCUGAGGCAGCAGGAGGCAGAGAGACCACAACAGCUGGUUCUAGAUUCCUUUGAAGAAGUGACGGUGAAUUUCCCACGGGUGCAGCAAGUUUGCCUGGGUGCUUCUCGGAAACAAGCGGGGAGCAGGCUGCUGAGUGAACAGGAGAGGCAGGUCCUUCUGCAACAGCGGGAAUACCUCGAACGGGAGAACCCCGGCGGGGCAUCGGUGCCGAAGCCACGCGGGAGCCUCUCUCAGCACCACGAGCCGGGGAAGGCCUCCGAGAACCAGCCGCGGCUGGAGAGGCACCCGGCCAAGCACCCGCCGGAGGCCGUCCCAUGCCGGGUGGGCUACAAGGACCUCGGCGACAUCUUCUUCCAGGAGAGAAUGCAGGAGAACCAGCGGCAGAAGCGGUGCGUGGUCCUGCGCCGGAGGAUCCACACCGAGGAGCGUCUGUACAAGUGCCAGGACUGCCGGAAGAGCUUCGACCACCGAUCGCACUUCAUCCGCCACAAGAAGAUCCACACGGGCGAGAAGCCCUUCCAGUGCGGCGACUGCGGCAAGAGCUUCAACCGCAACUCCAACCUCACCACCCACAUGAGGACCCACACGGGGGAGAAGCCCUACAAGUGCGCCGACUGCGGCAAGAGCUUCCGCUGGAGCUCGGACUUCAUCGUCCACGAGAGGACGCACACGGGCGAGAAGCCCUACAGCUGCGCCGACUGCGGCAAAGCUUUCCGGCGCAGCUCCAACCUCACCGCUCACGAGAGGACCCACCGAGGGGAGAAGCCCUACAAGUGCUUGGACUGCGGGAAGAGCUUCACGCGGGGCCUCUACCUCAUUGCACACAAGAAAACGCACAUCAUGGGCGAGUGAGGGGCGUU